AUGGACUCGCCAGAUGCCGAAUGGAAAGCUUCCAAGAGUACCAAGCUGGCGUUUGCCUCGAUCUGCGUCUUGGCCCUGAUGGCUGCCCUGGACGGCACGUCCAUUGGCGUCGCGUUACCAGUAGAAAGCAGCGCCGCGAUGGCUGACCGUGGAUGCCAAUCACAGGCCAUCGCCAAUGCAUUGAAGGGAACCGCGAUCGAGACAUUCUGGAGCGGAACUUCAUUCCUCUUGUGCUCGACGGUCUUGCAGCCCACGUUUGUGUCGUUUUCGGACAUUUUUGGCCGCCGCAAUCUGUUCAUGCUGUCCAUCGCCUUCUUCUUCGCUGGGGCCCUAGUGUGCUGUCUCUCUCAGAACUUCACCACGAUGCUGGUCGGCCGGUCGAUCCAGGGCGCCGGCGCUGGCGGCAUCAUGUCCCUGACCGAGGUGGUCAUCACGGACUUGGUGCCCCUUCGGUAUCGCGGUGACUACUACGGGGGCAUGAACGCCAUGUGGGCGGUGGGAUCUGUCCUCGGACCCAUCGUGGGAGGCGGGUUCUCCGGCAACAAGCAUGCCACUUGGCGGUGGAUCUUCUACCUCAACUUCCCCUUUAUAGGCGUCGGCACGGUACUCGUGCUGGUGUUCAUGCGCCUGCGUUUCGUGCCCAAGCCGCUCCUCCAGCAGCUGCGUUCCUUUGACUGGAUAGGCAGCAUCCUCUUCAUCGCCAGCACCACCUCCUUCCUACUCGGCCUCACGUGGGGCGGUGUCCUGUAUCCGUGGGACUCGUAUCAGACCUUGGUACCUCUGGUCCUCGGCGCCGUCGGCUGUGUCGCAUUCUCCCUGUACGAGGCCUACCUCGCCUCCAACCCCAGCAUUCCCCUCGUGCUCUUCCACAACCACACGACCGUCAUCUCCUUCUUCGGCACCGUCAUCACCGGUCUAGUCCUCUGGUGCAUCCUCUACUACAUGCCGCUGUACUUUGAGGCCGUCAAGGGAUAUAGCCCCGUCAUCUCCGGGGUGGCGCUGUUUCCCCAGACCUUCACCGUGGCGCCCGCCGGCGCCCUGGCCGGGGGACUCAUUACCAAGACGGGCAAGUACCGCUGGUCCAUCUGGUUCGGGUGGGCGAUGGGCACGCUGGGCCUGGGACUCUUCUGUGUGCUCGACGUCGACACCAGCAUCCCCGCCUGGAUCUUCCUCAACCUGGUCUCGGGCCUGGGGCUGGGCUUCUUGUUCCCCGCCAUCGCGACCGCCAUCCAGGCGUCUGUGGCCAGCGAGCACGUCGCCAUCGCCAUCGCCAUGUUCAGCUUCUUCCGGUCCGCGGGCCAGGCCCUGGGUGUGGCCGUGGGCGGCGUCAUCUUCCAGAACCGCAUGUACGCCAACCUGCUCGCGUACCCGCACCUGGCGGCCCGCGCCUCGUCGUACGGCGCCGACGCCGUCGGCCUGAUCGAGGUCAUCCGGGACAUGCCCGACGGCGCCGACAGGCGGGACCUGAAGCAGGCGUAUGCCGAUAGUCUGCGCAUCGUGUGGGCCGUGUGCUGCGCGCUUGCCGGCGUGGCGCUGUUGAUCAGUAUCCUCACGCGCCACCAUAGCCUCGACCAGGCCUUGGUCACAGACCAGGGACUCGUCGAAUCGAAGAAGGGCGGGAGCGGCAGUGGCGGGAGCGGCAGUGGCAGGGACGUGAGCCCCGACGAAUCGCCGUCGGCAUGA